AUGGCGAUCCCCCUCCUCCUCAGACUUCGUGCCCAGACAGCACCCCACCGCCACUUGGCGCCGGCCCAACGGCCAGCCGCCGCCCUGCGCCACCGCACCCGUCGCCCUCCACCUCUCCCGCGCGGACACGUGGCCGCCUCCAGCCACUCUGGGCGCGCCACCUGUUUCCCCUGCCUCCCCGCGCCGUCAGGCCCGUGCCAGGCCUGCCCGGGCCCCGAUCUGGGCCCGAGGUGCCCGCAGGCGCCCGCCCGCGCCCCGCUCAAUCCCGUCCUUGCUGCCCGACUCCUCUGCCGCCGGCGCGUGGGAUCCUCGCCGCCCCGCCACUCGUCCUCGCCGGAGGCCGCGCACCACUGCCACCGGCGACCUCGACGGCCAGGCCAGAACGCGCCGCCCGCCUCCUUCUCCUCCUUUCUUCCCUCCUCUCCUCCCUCACAGCUCCCUUCUCUCCUUGCUGCCAGGGAACUGCAGCCGCCGCCCGAGGUCUCGCCGCUGACGCCCGGAACGGGUCCCCGGCCACGACCUCCACCGGAUCCGGCCACCUGCGGCCCCAUUCCGGCCUCCCCGCGCCUCCCCAUCACCGUUGACCGCCGGCCGCCGCCGCUCCUGGUCCUUCUCGCGGCCGAUCUGUUCCUGGAGGAUGACGCCUCCGUUCGCCGCGGCCCAGCCCUCCAGGCCCAGCGCGCCAGCCUCUCCAGCCGCGCCAAGGCCCAGCUCCCUGGAGCCCAACUUCCGGUAAUGUUGCGAUUGUGAGGAUUCGUUCGACUACUUCCGUUCGUCUUCUUCAUG